AUGGCUCCUACUCUUCCCUUCCAGCCGGACGAUCUCAGUAGCGGCCCUGCAUCGAAGGGCUCGCUUCUCUGGGCCUACCAACUACGCAAGGAACAUGUCCAUCUUGUACGUCGCCUCGAAGAUACAACUACCGAUCUCUUAGCAUACUCGAGCAAAGUGACCGAACACCAACAAACACUCUCCAAUCUUGAAACUCUCCUCAAGGGCUUGCAAACGGAGAACUACGAUCUCAAAAAUGAGGUCACCACUGUCCGCGACAAGUUCGCCACGUCCCUUGAGUUAGUCAAUAAACGGGUCACCGCGAUUUUUACCGCGUGGCAGGAGAGGGUUAGAGAAGAAGGUGUUGUCAAGAAGAUGCAAGGCGACUUGGAUGAUGUGGCGGCUCAAGUCAAGGAAUUGGCAGAGGGUAUGGCUGAGGUGAAACUCAAUGUGGUCAAUGUUGAGAAUAAGUGUGAGUGUUUGGCAACCAAACAGCUGGAGUUGGCAAGAUUGAAUCAAGGUAAGGUGGAAGUGUUGAAGAAAGCUGAGAAAAGUCCAUCGAAAACUCGUGCGGCGUGUACUCAGACAGUGCCCCAGCCCAAAAUGAUUGUUGUUUUGAGAUAUGGCAAAACCAAAGUGGACAAAAACACUUGCAAAACCGCGUCUCAAAUGAUGACCAUUCAAGAUAGCAUCAUAGACGAAGCAGCUAUCUCGACAAUGACCGAUUCAUGGGUCCCUGACUCUAUGCCGGUGAAGAAUCCCAUCUCGUACAUCGAAGCAAUUUUCCAGAGAAUAAAGCAAGAAACACGGAAUUUGCACGAGUAUUACACCUUUGCUGCGGAGUUGCGUUUCCAGUUACCUCGACGAAAACAAGAGGGUCAUAUGGUUGAAGUAUUCUUUGAUGGUUUGAGAAAUGAUCAGACUGUCAAGGCAGCUAUGGAGAAGUAUCUGGAUGACUUGGGUUGGGUGUGGAGCAAUAUCGAGAACUUUUGCAACCAUUUCAAACAGCCACCCACGAAGCAGAAACAGAUGAAAUUCGUUUACUACAACACUAGGUCGAAGGCAAAAGCGGGCGCGAAGAAAAGGAAGCAGAAUGAUAUAUCUUCCUAG